GCCGAAUUCAGCGAGAGAGGUGGAUCGGACUCCCAUGCAGCAUCAAAUCAAACCAUUGAUCCAUUGCACUUCACAAAGAGCCAAGCCCGGGUAGCGCGCCACCGCGCCUGCAGAAACCCCCGAAUUCGGCCUGGACAGAAAAGGGCCAUUCUACGCUAGGGAUAGUCGGAUUGAAAUUCGGACGCCGUUUGAUGAAUUGGCCUCUCGAGUUGGCAGGUGGACGGCAUGGCAGGCCGCUACGAGAAGCCAAGCGCAACUGACGUGCGCACGUGCUGCUCCAGACAGGGGUCAUCUGCCGCCAGGCGUCCUCGGCUUGCGCACCCCCAUGGCAACCGUAUCGCCAGAGCUCCGAUAAGAAGCCGCCCGACUCAGUCUCGAGACGCUGCCGUCGGCUCUCCCCCUCACCGUGACACGCCGACAGGUGUCCUGUAUAACCGAUAAGUUGGCCUGGUCUGCUGCUUUGCCUCCCGUCCUCCCCCUUCUUUUUUCUCCCCAUCUCCCUCCCACCUAUCAACGACACCAGAGACAGCAACCCACCCAGCCCGCCAGAACGGCCCGGCGAUGACGAAGCACACCCCCGACUACCUGCGAGCUCGCGCGUCCAACCUCUCGCUCCGCUCCGCCGCCCUCGCCUCGUCCUCCGCCUCACUGGCCGCGCCCGUCGCCGCCAUGCCGUCCCCAUCCGCCGCCGCCCGCGCCCAGCCGGCCAAGGCCGUGAGCGACGAGGCUAGGUACCUGAUCGCGGGCGAUCUGAUGAACGAGGUGGCGCGCCGCGCCCUGCGCGCUUGCAUCCGCUGCGCCGUGCAACUGCCCUACGGUGUCGACCACAUCGUCCAGGCCCCCGAGUGCCCCGUCUGCGCCGUGCGCGACUGCCGCCCCGAGGUCUUCACCAAGCCCUUCUGCGACUUCUUGACGGGGAGCCCGACCGUCUUCCACGCCGUCGACUACUUCAAGGCCAAGCUAGACGAGGCCGGUUACAAGGAGCUCCCCGCACGCGACGACUGGACCGGCAAGGUCAAGGCCGGCGGCCAGUACUACGUGACGCGCAACGGCAGCUCCCUGAUCGCCUUCGCGGUCGGGCAGGCCUACAAGCCCGGCAACGGCGUGGCCAUGAUCGCGGGCCACAUCGACGCGCUGACGGCGCGGCUCAAGCCCGUGAGCAGCAAGCCAAACAAGGCCGGCUACGUGCAGCUCGGCGUCGCCCCCUACGCCGGCUCGCUCAACCAGACGUGGUGGGACCGCGACCUGAGCAUCGGCGGCCGUGUCGUCGUGCGCGACGAGGAGACGGGCAAGACGGCCGUGAGGCUCGUCAAGGUCGACUGGCCGAUCGCUCGUGUCCCGACGCUAGCUCCCCACUUCGGCGUCGGCAUGAUGGGCACCGGCAACAAGGAGACGCAGGCCGUCCCCAUCAUCGGCCUCGACAACUCGGACCUCUUCUCGGCGCCGGGCGCCGCUGCCGGCGCAGACGAGACGAAGCCCUACCUUGGCGGCGGGCCGGCCGGCUCCUUCGCCGCGUCGCAGCCGCCCAAGCUCGUCAAGCUCAUCACGUCGCAGCUGGGGCUAAAGUCGGCCGCGUCCAUCGUCAACUGGGAGCUGGAGCUGUUCGACAUCCAGCCAGCCGCCGUGGGCGGGCUAGACAAGGAGUUCAUCUUCGCCGGCCGCAUCGACGACAAGCUCUGCUCGUGGGCCGCCUUCGAGGCGCUGCUGUGCGCGACGGACCACCAGGACGAGGGCGUCGUCAAGCUCGUCGCGCUCUUCGACGACGAGGAGAUCGGGUCGCUGCUGCGCCAGGGCGCAAAGGGCAACUUUUUGCCGUCGGUCGUCGAGCGCGCCGUCGAGGCCCUCUGCGGGUCCUCGACGACGACGACGACGACGACGACGCCCUUCGGCCCCGGCGUCGUCGGCCGGACGUACGCGUCCUCGUUCCUCGUCAGCGCCGACGUGACGCACGCCGUGCACCCAAACUUCCUCUCGAGCUACCUGGACGGGCACGCGCCGCGGCUGAACGUGGGCGUGGCCGUGUGCGCCGACUCAAACGGCCACAUGACGACCGACUCGGUCUCGACGGCCAUCCUGGACCGCGUCGCCGAGCUGUCGGGCUGCGUCAACCAGACCUUCAUGAUCCGCAACGACUCCCGCUCCGGCGGCACCGUCGGGCCCUCGCUCAGCUCCGCCAUGGGCGUGCGCAGCGCCGACGCCGGCCUGCCGCAGCUGAGCAUGCACUCGAUCCGCGCCACCACGGGCGCCCUCGACCCGGGCCUGGGCGUCAAGUUCUUCAAGGCCUUCCUGGACAAGUUCGAGAAGGUCGACGCCGAGUGGCACUGAGGGGACGGGCCGGUGCGUUUGAUGUACUAGAAUAGAUGGGUUGGCAGGCAUACACGAGCGUUAGAGGAUACGUCGAUGCAUUUCCGGGGUUUCUUCCAUACUAUACUGUUCCCGCGUGUGAAUUCACACCCCAUACCGUCGUCUAGAAUGUUUGCUUUACGGUGCAUAGUAAUACAAUCGCGUCCUUCGGGGUUAUGAUACAUAAA